AUGGCGCGGGCGCCCGGCGGUAGCGCCCGCUACCGCCGUGCCGCUCGCCGCGCCAGGGGCGAUAGGGGGGGAGAAGCACCCAUAGUGAACUUCACGGUGAAUGGAUACGAGUACAACUAUGGUUACUACCUUGCCGACGGCAUCUACCCCUCCUGGCCGGUGUUCAUGAAAGGUAUUACUCUUCCACAAAGUGAAAAGCAUCGACUGUUCACUGCUGCUCAAUCAUCUUGGCGCAAAGAUGUCGAGUGUGCCUUUGGAGUGCUGAAGGCUAGAUUCAACAUUCUAGCAGUUCCGGGACGCUCCUACUCGAGGCGUACUCUUGGGUUGAUCAUGCGUGCAUGUGUCAUUCUGCACAACAUGAUCAUCGACGAUGAGCGUGAUACAAAUUUGGAGAACAUCUAUGAGACAGUUGAUUCCAAUGUCGGCCCUGCGAUACACAACCAUGCACCACCAAACCUAGCAGCCAGGAUUCAAAUGGACAACGAAAUGAGGGACUCACCGAUGUAUACACAGCUCCAGCAUGAUUUGAUUGAGCAUGUGUGGGCUAAUGCCUAG